UAAAAAGAUGCAAACUUUAACUAUACCCCACCCCCACAUCAACCAUCAUCAUGUGUCCAUUGCUUUUGUUCUACACAUCCAUCUUGAUCUCAUCUCCCGUUAACCACGCCAAUGCCAACAUCGAAAAGACCAUUUUCAUUUUGGCCGGUCAAAGUAACAUGGCCGGCCGUGGCGGGGUUGUGAACGAUAAAUGGGACGGAUACGUCCCACCUGAAUCGUCUCCCAACCCCAAAAUUCUUCGCCUUACGGCUGACCUCACUUGGCAACCUGCCACUGAGCCUCUCCAUCGUGACAUCGAUUAUUUUCGAGCAUGCGGUGUUGGCCCUGGGAUGGCGUUUGCCAAUUCUUUACUAAAAAGGGAUUCUAGCAUUGGUGUUGUGGGGUUGGUUCCUUGUGCAGUCGGUGGCACCAAUAUAACUGAAUGGGCUCCAAAGGGUCAGCUUUACAACCAGCUCAUCCAACGGGCCAAUGCGGCAUUGCAAGGCGGAGGCACUAUUAAAGGGUUGUUGUGGUAUCAAGGAGAGAGUGACACGGUUACUCGAGAGGAUGCACAGUUGUAUAAGAGAAGAUUAGAGCGUUUUUUUGAUCACGUUCGCUCCGAUCUUCUCUUGCCUAAUCUUCCAAUAGUUCAGGUGGCAUUGGCAUCAGGGGCAGGGCCAUAUAUUGAGCAAGUACGUGAGGCUCAGUUAGGAACGUGGCUAGUGAAUUUAAGGACCGUUGAUGCAAAAGGGUUGGGGCUUGAACCGGAUAGAUUGCACCUAACCACACCAUCUCAGGUGGCACUUGGUGGGAUGUUAGCCCAAGUCUUCCCUAAAGCCCACCAAUCAUUAGUCACCAGUAAAGCUUCAAAAACGACUCAUAAUUUUAUAAUACAAUUUUUUCUUUAUUUACUCUUUGAUUUAUUCCCUCGAAUGACUAAGAUUAUAAAUCCGAAAUGAUUUUUUACAUUUGUUAUACAGCGUUAUUUUCUUA